UCCCCAACCCUUUUUGCCUUCAUUUCCGGAGACGUUCCAGCUUCCUUGCCCGACGCACAAGUGUGUGCGGGAUUCAGGCUUGCCUAACGGUCCACAGGGUGUCUGGCGGGACUAGAAUGUCAAUGUCUCCCCGACCUUUUCCCUGUCAUCCACCCUGUCGGACCCAUGGCUGAGCUCCCGAGCAAGGCGGAAGCAGCUCGGCCAUCUGGGGAGACCCUAGCGCCCGGCUUUGCUCCAGUGUGGACGGACAUUCGCCCUCCUGCCCCAAACCUCCAGAUCCUCACCUGGAAGAAACCCGGAUCGCGCUCCUGCAGCAGGCGGAUUGAGCUGAAACGCACUGAGUCCCACUAAGACUUGAUUGCUUAACUGGUUGAACUCCUUGCCAAUCUUGAGAACCUAAAGCCAAGGUUACUCCUGGAGUCAGUGCUAACUUUGGUCUUUCUCAUUGGCGGAAAGUUUCCUCUGAGUCAUGGGCGAGGUGUUCUCCCAGCCAGGCUUUCAACAGGAGGAUGAGAAGAAGUUGCUCCUGCACCCUGACACAGCCGUGGGUGUCAAGGCUGCCAGCUACUCCAGCACUGCCAGCAGCAAGUCAUCUUGUCCUUGUGUGCCUCAUGAAGGGGCUGCUGCUGUGGGCUUUGUGACUUGUCCCACCUGCCAAGGGCAUGGGGAGAUUCCCCAAGAGCUGGAGAAGCAGCUGGUGGCCCUCAUCCCUUACGGGGACCAGCGGCUAAAGCCCAGGCACACGAAGCUCUCCGUGUUCCUGGCGGUGCUCAUCUGCCUGCUAAUUACCUCCUGCAUCAUCUUCUUCCUCUUCCCUCGAUCCAUCUCUGUGCAGCCUGCAGGCCUCAACUCCUCCACGGUGGCUGUGGACAAGGCAGACAUCCACCUCAACAUCACGAAUAUUUUAAACAUCUCCAAUAGCAACUACUACCCCAUCACUGUGACCCAGCUGACCACAGAGGUUCUGCACCUGUCUCUUGUGGUAGGUCAGGUAUCCAACAGCCUCCUCCUGCACAUCGGCCCUUUGGCCAGUGAACAGAUGUUUUACGCAGUAGCCAGCAGGAUCUGGGAUGAAAACACUUACAAAAUCUGUACCUGGCUGAAAAUCAAAGUACACCACGUGCUGUUGCAUGUCCAGGGCACCCUGACCUAUUCUUACCUGCGCCAUUCCGAGCAGCUGGUCUUCCAGAGCUAUGAGUACGUGGACUGCCGGGGAAACAGCACGGCAUCCCACCCAGAUCCCCACCCUCUGUGAGCUGUCUGUGAUCUCUGUCUGCUCCAGACCCUUCCCUACAGGCCUGGUCAAUGUCUCCCAGAACUCCAUGCUGCCCACAGUAGGAGAGUGGAGACUGCCAGGCAG